GCUUUCUUUCCUAGCAACCUAAUAGGACGCGCUCUCGAUGGAAGUAAAAGAACAAUAUCCUGCAAAUAAAGUACUUCUUCACAACCAAGUUAAAGAACUGAGGUGUUCUAAUAUAGCCCUCCUGGUAGAAAAUGACAUGUUUAAACACUUCAUUGGUCGUCUGGAUCCUCGGCACUUGGAAUCCAAAGCUGGGGGAGAAGGUCUGCAAUUAACACAAAGCUCCAACAUGGAUGGUAGGGGAGCUGAGAGGAGGCUGAGGCCUCAGUACAAUUUAUCAGAGCCUCUCCAGCUGCUGACCUUGGGGCAAAAACUUUAUGUGGCGCAGAGAGAAGCAACCGAGACACAGGCAGAUAAGGAAAAGCUUAAAGCGAACUACGAGAGAAUUCUGGACAACUACAAGUCUUUUAUAGAAGAAGUUGACUUGCGUUCAACUGAGAUCAAGAAAGCCACAAAAGAUUUUGAACGCAGAUUCUUAAAACCUUUGAAAGGCCGUUUUCUGAUAGUAAAGGAGCCAGAGAAGGUGCUCCAGCACAUCGAAGACAAAUCAAAGGUCACCCAGCUGGAAAAGUUUCAGCAGAAGAAUCAGGCAUUGAGAGCCCAAGUGGCGAAGCUCCUGCAGCAGCUCCAACAGAAAAAAGAGACGAGAAAAGCCGAGUUUGAGGUGGAGGAAGAAAUAUUUUUCCAGGAGUACGAUGAACCCCGAAUGGACAAAAGCCUGAAUGAACUUAAACACAACAGUUCUAAAGUUCAGCGCCUCCUUAGUUCACACAAGGAGAAGCUGCAGAGUUUAACACUGGAGUCCACAGAGCUGAGCAAUCAAAUCACUAAAAGAAAGGAACUGCUUGCAAAACUUGAGGAUGAGAUAAAACGUGCAAAGAAGGAGAGUUUAAAGGCAGAGGGGCUCAACCGAUUCCUGCGCAAAGAGCUUACAGAUGAUCACGCUCCUGAUAUCGCCGAGUAUUUUUUCGCCAAGGAAAAACACAAGAAGCUGCUACAAAACAUUCACCAUUGGGAAAGAAAAGUUGGGAUUGCUGAGAUGGCCUUGAAGACUCACAGUAGAGAAUGGAGAACACAGAGAGGCCCUCUCACUCCUUCAAACAGCGCUGAGGCUGGAAGUCGAUGUGGCAAUCCCCAGAUCUCAGUAAAGCUCCCAUACAUAGCAGAAGACGGUACUUCAGAUAAAUGAUUAUCUAGAUAGCAAUGAAGUAAAAGUAUAUCAUUAGAAAUCACAAAAAUGUGAUACUUUUUCAAAGCAAAUCCUAUCAGCCAGGAUAAGUAGCUUAAGAACAGUGUAAGGAUAUGAAGAUGUAAUGUUUUGUGUCUUUUCUUUUAAAUUUAAAUGUAGUCUUCCACAAAGAAACAAUCCUGAAAAAUAUAAUUGCAGAAUUUGUAUUUAGAAUCUUGUUCGUGAGUGUCAAUCGAAAGCCAAAUGUUUAUCUCAUGUGGUCAUCCCACCUUUCCAAUUUCACUGAAGAGUAUAUGGAUACAUUCAUGUUAUUUACCUUAUUUAAAAAAAAAAAUACAAUUAUAAAAGCUUUUGCUGUAGUAACUCUUAAGGGAUAGAAGAAAUUAUUCAGGCUUCUAAUAAUGGAUAAAGUGUCUGCAGGCUGAUGUGAUGCCUGCAUGUUUUGUUAAAUGUUCCGCCACAUUUAACAAAGUGUUUUGUUAAAUCUUUGCAGAUAUUUUAAUUGAGUUAAAAAUAUGUGUGACAAGCACCGUUUAUUUUCAUAUGUCUUGAUGUUUGUGUCUCACCUGUGCGAAUACUCCCUAAGCGAUGUCCUAUAACUCCUCUGACAGUAUUUAAAAUAAAAGUAAAUAAAUAAAAACCCACCUCAGAUUCGACAAACUAUUUUCUUUAUUAAAAAAAAAAAAAAAUCCUCCAUUGAAAGAAUUUUAGAUGUUGUGAUGUUACAUGCCAUAUUUACAGGUAUAUACAUAAAAGUGCAAUGUCACGAUGUGGAAGCCGGUUAAUAUUAUAUCUGCCAUAGAGCCGUUUGGAAAACUAAGUCUUAAUCCAUUUCUACUUGCUACUCUGCAUUUAUUGAAAACUGCAGCAUCUAAGUUGAAAAUACAACAGGACAGAAUGUCUAAAGUUCCAUUUAAACAUUUUCAAAGGCACUUUUCACAAGUACAUACUACUGAUGUACAGAACAGACUAGUUUAAAGUUUACAGUCAGCUUAACAGAGUCCUGUUGCUGAUCCGUUACAUUGUGACCAGAACCCCCCCCCAAAAAAACAAAAACAAAAAACACACACCGACAACUGGCUUCAUACUAAUGCCUACGUCUUCUACAACAUAGGCUCCGAGUGAUUUUAACUCUCCAAAAUCAAACAGAAAACAAAAACGAUUAUGAAAAUAAUGAAAUCAUUAACUCAGAAAUUAACUUUCAAUCCAUCCACACGUGUUUUUUAGUCAAGUCAAAGAUGGUGUAAACUUGCUAUUGGAGAGCAUUUCCUAUUCCUGCAAACCAGCUUUGAUCCGUGUAUAAUAACAUACAAAUGACGUGGACCCAG